GUCACUUCCUCCCAGUCCUCCUUUCCUCGGCUCAACGCUCCUCGGCCUCUAGUUUCAUCAUGUUCCCCAAAGCCGCACUCACCUCUGUUCUCCUGCUCGCUAUGAGCGUCGCGGCGACUCCCGUUGCCGUCCGCGACACGCUCGUCACUCUUCCGUUCGCGAAGCAGAUCAACAGCACCGGCUCUGGUCACAUCGUGCAGCAGGACAGGGCCCGUGUUCAGCAGCUCGUUGCGAAGUACAGCACUGCCUCUUCUGGGCUCCAGGCGGACGCGGCCUCCAUCUCUGUUACGAACCAGGCGGUUUCGUAUGUCGCGUCGGUUGGCGUUGGAUCUCCGGCCACGCAGUACAGUUUGAUUGUGGAUACCGGCAGUUCCAACACCUGGAUUGGAGCUGAUAAGACCUAUGCGAAGACUACGACCUCGACCAGCACCGGCAAGAGCGUCAGCGUCUCGUACGGUUCCGGAAGCUUCUCUGGAACCGAGUACACCGAUACUGUUACCCUCGGUACUGGGUUGGUCAUCACCAAGCAGAGCAUCGGCGUCGCCAGCAGGGCCACCGGCUUCAGUGGCGUUGAUGGUAUCCUUGGUAUCGGCCCCGUCGACCUGACCGAAGACACUGUCUCUGGCACGUCGACCGUCCCAACUGUCACCGACAACCUCCUCACUCAGGGUACUAUUUCGUCGAAGGUCGUCGGCGUCUCGUUCGCACCUACGACGUCCGAGAGCACGGCGAACGGCGAGCUCACCUUCGGUGGAACUGACUCGAGCAAGUACACCGGUUCUAUCACCUACACUUCCCUGACCGGCACCUCCCCCGCUUCGGCCUAUUGGGGCAUCAACCAGGCUCUCACCUACGGUUCCACCACGAUCUCGGCCAGCACGGCGGGCAUCGUCGACACCGGUACCACUCUCCUGUACAUCGCUAGCGACGCGUUCAGCAAGUACGCUAAGGCGACUGGCGCGGUGUAUGAUUCGUCGACUGGCUUGUAUUCGAUCACUUCGGCACAGUAUAGCGCGUUGCAGACGCUGAACUUCAGCAUUGGCGGUGCUACCUUUGGUCUUACCGCGAAUGCGCAGAUCUGGCCCCGUUCGCUCAACACGUACAUCGGUGGAUCGUCGAGCAAGAUCUACCUCAUCGUCAACGACAUCGGAACCAACACCGGCGAAGGCCUCGAUUUCAUCGACGGACAGGUCUUCCUCGAGAGGUUCUACACCGUCUUUGACUCGACGAACAACCGCUUCGGUAUCGCUACGACCAGCUCGACCACUGCCACGUCGAACUGAGUGGCCGUGUAGAAGUGAAUAUGGUGCUGGGACUUGGGGUCAAAAAAAUGUACGGACUUGACAUUGGCGGGACCGGACUGGUAUUCAAUUUGGCAAUGGCAUGUAUACCCUCCUGUUGUUCGGUAUUGUCACGGUUAGAGGAUGUAUUGCGGUCACCACUCUAUUACGGUUUCUUGGAGAAUAAACGGGAACACGUUUGUACGGAUCUACUCUAU